AUGGCUCUGUCCCAGUUAGUAGCCCAGGGUACGGCUGACGAAGAAGACGAUGAACUAACUCUGCCUGUUUAUCACCAACAAGACGAUUUCCUCUCUCUUGUUCAUGUGGCGUUGAUGAUACGAGCUGAUGUGCCGGAGACCCCAGGUUACAAGAGACUCGACAUAGGCAUGCACAAUGUCGGUGACUGUGUACCCGAAAGUCUUCAAAUGUUUCUAAAUCUUUUGUCUGGAGGUGAACGACUUUUAGAUGAGGAAACUAUCGAAGAAAAAGAAAAUGAAGUUCGCAGUAAAGCGCUUGCCGUUGCUCAAGAUAUUGUGUACGGGGUAAGCAACGGUAAGAAAUGGACACCUAAGCAUGUUGGCUUAGGGAGCACCCUUCACCAAGUCACAAGAUCGAAAGAUCUAGUUAAACUUUUUCACAAGGUAGGACAUAUUCUGAGUUAUGACCAAAUUCUUCAACUUGACACGGGUUUAGCCGAGAGUGUUUUAAACAGUUUGGAUGAAAAAAGCGGAACCGUGAUCCCGCCAAAUUUGGUGCAAGGUAAUUUCGUACACUUCUCUGCUGAUAACAUUGAUAUUUUGGACGAAACGCUGGACGGUAAGAACACGUUUCAUGCCACACAAAUAGCUGCAUGGCAACGUGGGGCAGAAAAUUCGUCGUUACUUGACGGUGUAAAUCCAUCCAAAAAGCGAAGUUUGGAUAUUCCAGAAUCGAUGGACAAGAUUGAAACGAUUGUGGCAAGAAAAAGCAAUCCUGUCUUCAUUAAAGCAGUUAAGACGACGUGGUAUGACCAAGCUGAAGAUAAGAAAGAAUGUAAACAAGCUGCCAAAGCUACUGAUUUGGCAUUCAAUAUGCUACGAAGCGAAGGUGUGAUCAGAAGCGGAUGGACGGAGUUUAACCAGUCGCUAUCACGGGGAGAAUUUGGCGACAAGUUCGGGCAUGAAGUAACAAAGGUAGGGUACAUGCCAAUCAUACAAGCACCCGCGCACGAAAUGGAUACCUUGAACACGGUCGUUAAGAAAUGCAUGCAUGUGGCCACCGUGCUUGGACAACAGUACACUAUUAUCACCGUAGAUCAGGCACUGUACUGCAAAUUAGUCGAGUUGAAAUGGGCAAUUCCAGAAUAUCGAGAGAAACUUGUCGUGCAACUCGGCGGUCUCCAUAUAUCUAUGUGUUUUCUUAAGACCAUUGGAGAUCAUAUGAAGGGAUCAGGCCUUGUUGACUCAUGGAUAGAGAGUGGUCUCCUAGGACCAAAUGCGGCUGAGACUGUGAUGAACGGCAAGGCGUAUAAGAGAGCAAUGCGUGCGCAUAAGAUAACACUGCAAGCCCUAUGGCGCCUGUUGGUCCCGCUGUUACUCAAGUUUUGCAAAACGAUCAAUGUUGAUCUUGCACUGCAGAUUUUGCGUCUUUUGUCGUCAGAGCAGAAUGUUAAUGAUUUGAUUACAUGUUUGAAGUCGCCACAAUUUCAAACGGUGUACGACGAGUUCUUAACGCACAAGGGUCAGGAAAAUGUCAAUUUUCAGUUCUGGUGGAGCUAUAUGGAGAUGAUAUUUAUCCUACUCGAUUUUACCCGUGCGCAGCGGGAGGGAGAUUGGGAGUUGUAUCUAGACAGCUUCCGUGCCAUGCUUCCAUACUUUUUCAGGUACGACCACCUGAAUUAUGCCAAGUGGGGGUCGGUAUUUAUCGCCGAGAUGGAACAAUUGCCGUAUGAAGUGUUACAGGAGUUUAAGAAGGGUAACUUUGUUGUAAAGUGGAAAGAGGGCGCUUUCAAUGAAGUAAGCGCUGACCACAGCCUCGAGUGGUUGAACGGCAUUGGUAAACGAGGAGGUGGAAUUGUUGGUAUAACCAGGGCGAAGGGAGAGAGGGCGUAGAAACGGCCAUACAUCGAGCGGACCCAUCCGUGAUGCGGGCUUCGCGGGGGGUAAGACGUUCUAAUUGUAAACAAAUAUGGCUACGCGUAUAUGACCCAUCAGAAGGUAUGCUGAAACUAUUGCUUUAUAAAAUAUUACUUGUGUAAAAUUUAUAUGUUUUUGUUACUUUCAGCUACUAUAAGAAACUUAAAGAUAAGAUUUAAGUAACAAAAAACUUUAUUUCGGGUGUUAUUUUAUUUAUAUACUCUGUUUAAUUUGGUGGUUAAAAAUGGCCGUCGAAAUGUUGUCCGAGAGUGUUAGCGCGCACUGCUUCCUGAUAAAAAACCAAUGAUUUCCAAAACCUAAAUUAUAAUUUGUUAUUAAGUUAUGAUCAAAACCUUUGCGUAUACAAAAUUAUAGAGUGAGCAAACAUGAGACAGAUAGGUUUUGAACCUUUCAAAGUUCGAGGUCGAAUUGACAGUUGAAAUAGUACCAAACUCCAAGCUGAAAUGUGCAACUAAAUCGUGUAUAUUUUUGUCAAUUUUGCUCGCUGGCUUUGUUAAAUUCACUUGCAAUGGCUCGACAUAAGUUACAACAUACAAACUGAGCAGAGCCCAUGAAAGAGCUAUCCAUACCCAUACAGUCAUUCAGCUUCCUUGCUAUUUAGAAAUUGUUGCCCAUUAUAGUUGAAGAAGAAUUGCUAUUGUAUGCGCUUGUUUGCACUCCCUUUCCUAAAAAAAGUCUACAAUAUUAAGGCCAAAUAGCAGAAAAAUAUGACCCAAUAAUCCAUGCAAUUAAAAAUAUCUAUCAAAUUAACUUCAAAAAUCAUGAUUUGAGGAAUUAUAUCUAUUCAGGCAACCCAUUAUUUAGUGACAGGUCUUGGCAAGGUGAAAGCUGAAAGGAACCCUUAAGAUGGGUGUACUACAAAACUAUGUUGAUUGAAGUUUUGGAAACAUUUAACUAAAUUUUGAAGGAUUGACUUGCAAACUGUGAUUCAGUAUCAUGGAAUUUUACACUUCUGGAGAAGUUGUGGCUCUGUUAGUGCCAUUUCUUUUAUUGUUUAUAAUCUUUCUUUUGAGCAUUGCUCGCUUAUAAAAUCUUUCAAUUCCUUAGGGCCUGUUUAUAUGAUCCCGCCUAGAUGGGACGGGACAUUUUCAUCCCGCCAAGACAGGAUACUCACCUAGUGUUUGUAUAUGGACAAAAUACAUUGCCGGGAUGAAACCAUUCGGUGCUUGACGUCAUAUUUUUGUUGCAAUAAAGGCAUUUACGCAUGCCCAAAAGGGAAAAAUUCAUUCCGCCUAACCGGGAUGAAGUGUUUAUAUGGGAAUUUUUCAUCCCGGCUAGGCGGGAUGAAGUGUUUUUUAUAUGGGAAUUUUUCAUCUCGCUUAGGCAGGAUCCCGGCUUCUGUUGCCGAAAUCCAAUCUAGGCGGGAUAAGUGGCGGGAUCGUAUAAACACUCUUUAGCAUUUGUAUUACGAGCGGGAUCUCGGUAAGCAUCCCAUCCCGCCUGGCCGGGAUCAUAUAAACAGGCCCCUAAUCUCAUCCCAUGAUACUGAAUCACAGUUUGUAAGGCCCCAUUUACAUGAGACCAGGAAGGAACCAACCUGGAAUGAAAAUUGAAAUUGCAUGUCAACAUGUUUACAUGAGACCAGUAUGAAAAUCACAAAAUUUUCAAUUUAUUCCCCUUGCCAGGCAAUUUUCUUUUUUAGAUGACUUUCGUUAGCAUGUGUUGUUCACUUGUUCCAAUGUCAACAUUCAUUCCAGUCUGAAUUCAUACUGGUCUGACUCAGUCGGCUUGGUCCAGCAGGCGGAAUGACUUGAGACCUCAUGUAAACAUCUAUUAUAUAUAAUCUAAAGACCAAUACGAAAUGGUCCCGGUUAAUUGACUUCGUUCCAGUCUCAUGUGAACUGGACCUAAUAAAAUCCUUCAAAAGUUGGCUAAAUUUUUCCAAAACUUCAGUCAAUAUAGUUUUGUAGUACAACAAUUUCUAAAUAGCAAGGAAGCUGAAUGACUGUAUGGGUAUGGACUAUGGAUAGCUCUUUCAUGGGCUCUGCUCAGUUUGUAUGUUGUAACUUAUGUCGAGCCAUUGCAAGUGAAUUCAACAAAGCCAGCGAACAAAAUUGACAAAAAUAUACAUGAUUUAGUUGCACAUUUCAGCUUGGAGUUUGGUACUAUUUCAACUGUCAAUUCGACCUCGAACUUUGAAAGGUUCAAAACCUAUCUGUCUCAUGUUUGCUCACUCUAUAAUUUUGUAUACGCAAAGGUUUUCACCAUAACUUAAUAACAAAUUAUAAUUUAGGUUUUGGAAAUUAUUGGGUUUUUAUCAGGAAGCAGUGCGCGCUAUAAAUAAAAUGACACCCGAAAUAAAGUUUUUUGUUACUUAAAUCUUAUCUUUAAGUUUCUUAUAGUAGCUGAAAGUAACAAAAACAUAUAAAUUUUACACAAGUAAUAUUUUAUAAAGCAAUAGUUUCAGCAUACCUUCUGAUGGGUCAUAUACUCGUAGCCACAUUUGUUUACAAUUAGAACGUGUUACCCCCCGCAAAGUCCGCAUCACGGAUGGGUCCGCUCGAUGGAUGGCCGUUUCUACGCCCUCUCUCCUUCCGCCCUGUUCUGAGUGAAAGGAACCUUCUCCUCAGCGUGAGGAACCUUGUGCCCAGCGUGAGGGACCUUGUCCUCAGCGUGAGGAACCUGGUCCUCAGCAUGAGGAACCUUGUUCUCAGCUUGAGGAACCUUGUCCUGAGCGUGAAGAACCUUGUCCUCAGCCUGAAUAA